AUGGCUCCUCUUCUUCUCCUUUCGCUUUCUCUUUCUCUUUUUGUUCUUGCUUCAGCGUCUCCUUCUCCCCCACCUGAUGAAGGUGCAUUCAUAGGAGUUAACAUAGGGACUGAUCUCUCUGACAUGCCACAUCCAACACAAGUCGUAGCUCUCCUUAAAGCUCAGCAGAUUCGACACAUCCGCCUCUACGACGCAGACCCAGGGAUGCUAAUAGCUCUAGCAAACACAGGAAUCAAAGUCAUAAUCUCAAUCCCUAACGACCAGCUUCUUGGCAUUGGCCAGUCCAAUUCCACAGCAGCCAACUGGGUCAAACGCAACGUCGUUUCUCACUACCCUGCAACCACCAUAACCGCCAUCUCCGUCGGCUCCGAGGUCCUAACAAGCCUCCCAAACGCAGCUCCAGUUCUCGUCAGUGCCAUCAAGAACAUCCACGCAGCUCUCCUCUCAUCAAACCUUGACCGUUCGAUCAAAGUCUCAACUCCUUUAUCAACAUCCCUAAUCCUAGACCCUUUCCCUCCUUCGCAAGCUUUCUUUAACCGGUCUUUAAACCCGGUUAUCGUCCCGUUGCUAAGCUUCUUGCAGUCCACGGACUCAUACCUCAUGAUCAACGUCUAUCCUUACUACGACUACAUGCAAUCAAACGGUGUGAUCCCACUAGACUACGCUCUCUUCAAACCAAUCCCUCCAAACAAAGAAGCUGUUGACGCCAACACUCUAGUCCGCUACUCAAACGCCUUUGACGCAAUGGUGGACGCAACGUACUUCGCAAUGGCCUUCCUCAACUUCACGAACAUCCCCGUUCUUGUAACGGAAUCAGGCUGGCCUUCCAAAGGAGAGACCAACGAGCCUGACGCUACGCUUGACAACGCCAACACUUACAACAGCAACCUCAUAAGGCACGUUCUCAACAAAACCGGAACCCCAAAACGCCCCGGGAUCGCUGUGAGCACAUACAUCUACGAGCUUUACAACGAGGACACAAAGGCUGGAUCUUUAUCAGAGAAGAGCUGGGGAUUGUUCAAUGCGAAUGGUGAACCUGUUUACAUCUUGAGGCUGACUAACUCUGGCUCGGUUCUUGCUAAUGACACGACGAACCAGACUUACUGUACUGCGAGAGAAGGUGCUGAUCCUAAGAUGGUUCAAGCUGCUCUUGAUUGGGCUUGUGGACCUGGGAAGAUUGAUUGCUCUCCUAUUAAGCAAGGAGAGGCUUGUUAUGAGCCGGAUAGUGUGGUUGCUCAUGCUAACUAUGCGUUUGAUACUUAUUAUCAUCAGACUGGGAAUAAUCCUGAUGCUUGUAACUUCAAUGGUGUUGCUAGUAUCACCACCACAGAUCCAAGUCAUGGUUCUUGUGUGUUUGCAGGAAGCCGUGGUAAUGGUAGGAAUGGGACUUCGGUGAACAUAACUGCGCCAUCGGCGAAUUCGACUAGCUCUGGAGUAGGGAGUGAUUUGUAUUACGGUCGAGGAAUGUUGAGCAUUUUGACAGUGAUUUUGAACGUUGCUUUCUUGUGA